CAGUCCAUCUAUCGUUACGCAGUUGUUAGUUUGUUGGGAUUUGUGUUCAUUUUUCCACCUCGGAUUUUUCAUCAAAAGUCAUUUUUUGUUGACACCGACGCGGACUUCCUGUGACCCGGAAUCAGCUCUGUGAUCAGACUGGAUUUACUACUUUCUGGCAGUGCUUAUCUUGUAUGCUAACAUGCUAAGUGUUAGCCUCGUUAGCUCAGAUUAACAGCACUUUCUCAGAUUAUCUGUCCAUAGUCCCGUUGAUCGUGUGUACUCCAUGGAGUUUCCGGCAGGAGGUGCAGCGAUGUUGCCUUCUGGGAACGUCCCGGCCUUCCUGACCAAACUUUGGACCCUGGUGGAGGACCCGGACACCGACCCCCUGAUCUGCUGGAGCCCGAGUGGGACCAGUUUCCACGUGUUUGACCAAGGACAGUUCUCCAAAGAAGUUCUGCCAAAGUACUUCAAACACAACAACAUGGCCAGCUUCAUCAGACAGCUGAACAUGUACGGGUUCCGUAAGGUGGUCCACAUCGAGCAGGGAGGUUUGUUGAAACCGGAGCGAGACGACACAGAGUUCCAACAUCCGUUCUUCAUCAGGGGAGAAGAACGUCUGCUGGAAAACAUCAAACGCAAAGUCACUAACGUGUCCGCAGGUCGGCAGGAGGACGUCAAGCUGUCCUCAGACGAAGUGAAGAAGAUCCUGAGCAACGUCCAGAUGAUGAAGGGGAAACAGGAAACCAUCGACUCCAGGAUCAACGCCAUGAAACAUGAAAACGAGGCUCUGUGGAGAGAAGUUGCGACUCUGAGACAGAAACACUCUCAGCAGCAGAAAGUUGUCAACAAGUUGAUCCAGUUCCUGGUGUCUCUGGUCCAGUCCAACAGAAUCCUGGGAGUCAAGAGAAAGAUCCCACUCAUGCUCAACGACUCUAGCUCCGCCCACUCCGUGCCCAAAUAUAGUCGGCCUUUCACACUGCAGGACCUGCAGGCUGCAGCCGGUGUCUUCUCGGCCGACGCCCCCAUCAGUUCCGGACCAAUCAUCUCUGACAUCACCGAAGUGGUCCAGCCUAUUGUAGAGGAAGACGUCAGUGAUUGGACAGUUGGAGAGAACGUCCAGUCCGUCAACAUCAAGGAGGAGGUUCCCAGUCCGGAGGUCCAGGUCCUGGAGUGUGACGACCCUCCUGUGGACACGCCCCUGUCCCCCACCACCUUCAUCAAUGCCUUCCUGCAGGACAACGAUGCACAGCCCUCCCCCAGCACCACCAACACCACCCCAGCCAUCGUUGUGAUGAGCCCCAGGCCACAGUCUCCAAUCAUCCAAUCACCUGCCUCCAUUUCGAGCUGUGACUCCAGCCACGCCCCCAACGGGCAGAAAUGCCAGACCAUCGCCUGCAUCGACAGAUCCCGCCCCCCUCCUGAGCUCCUCCCAUUGGUCUCCUCGUCAGCUGACAAGAGCGAAUUGUCUGACCACGUGGACACGAUGGAGACCAGACUGGAGAACCUGCAGAGUGUCCUCAACACACAGACAUUCACCUUUGACACCUUCCCACUUCUAGAGGUCUUCGGUUCUCCUGGUCCUGUUGCAGACUUUGACAUCGACAGUUUGGACAAUCUGCUCUGUGAUGAUGCUGCAAAGGGAAGUGUCGGCGGCGACGUUAGCGACACUGGGAAGCAGCUGGUGCAGUACAUGGCCACGCCCCUUCUGUCGUCUGACCCUGUGGGCGUGGAGGAGGGAGGGGUCGACCUGCCGUCACUGCUGCAGCUGGACGACGAACCGUUUCUGGUCCCAGACUCACCGGGCGACGACCCCACAGCUGCCCUGCUGGGCUGAGCACCAGGACUUGAACCUCUGACAUCUUAUCAGUAACUGCAGCAGAGAGACCGCUGGUGUGCAGACCCAACAGAUGAUGACAUCAUCAACCAUAGAUUAGUUCUGAAGAAUAACCUGUUCUGUGUGUGAGUGUGUGUGAGUGUGUGUGUGUUUUGACUCUUCAUUUUCUUCUGGCUGUUUUUAUGAAGUCGUUUGUUUCUGACGAUCAAAGAGAACCGAGGUCACGAGGAUGAUGACAUCAUAGAGGGGCGGGGUCAGAUCAGAGGGGUCACGCGGUCAUCAUGGACAGUGACAUCACAGUGGGGGCGGGGCUCGGCGUUCUCUGCUCUGCAUGUGUUUUUGUGUAAAGUAUUUUUUUGGAAAAGUUUCUAAAUACAGGGGGCGUGGCCUGUUGUGAUGAUCCACAUUAAAACAUCUUAUCAAU